AUGCGCGUAACGUUUCUUCAUCCUGACUUGGGUAUUGGAGGAGCUGAGCGCUUGGUGGUAGACGCAGCUAUCGCCCUUCAGCGGAAAGGUCACAUAGUUAAGGUUGUGACGAACCACUACGAUUCAUCCCAUGCUUUCAAGGAGACGCAGCAGUUGGGUAUGCGAGAUUGGGAGAUCUUCUUAUUUUGA